CCAACAAAAGAUGCAAAGAUCGAAACUGGCAGGUGCCAAUCAUAAACAGACCAAAAGUUUCUAAAAGCAAAACUGCAAAACACACACUUCCCUCGCAGGGCUCUCGAAUCUCGCUCUACCCCUCCACGCCAACCAACGGCCAACGCAAAACCCUCCCACUACAGCUCGAGACCCGGACCCGCGAACCCGACUCCGACCCAACGCGAAACAAGCCCACCGGAGUCACCGCGAUGAGACUGAUUGUGCCACUCCAAGGCGUCGUCCAAGGCAGAGGCGGCCUCAUCCUCGGCUCUCUAAUCCCAUGUGCUCUCUAUUACUGCCUCCAGCUCUACCUAAAACGACGCCGACCCUCCAAACCCGAUCCACCUUCCCCCUCCCAGUCCUCCUCCAACCUGGCGGAGCUCCCCAGAACGCUGUCGCGGUCCAGCUUGUCCACCCGCGGGUCCAUGGGCCGGGUCCGGAUAUCCUCCCGGGCGAGCUGGGUUGCGAAGCCCAACGACUCGCCGUACUAUAUCGGGUUGGACAGGGCUUCGGAGGACCCGUACGAUAGGGUGGAUAAUCCGGAUGGGGUUAUUCAACUCGGAUUGUCCGAGAACAGGCUGUGUUUGGAUUUGAUUGAGAAAUGGGUUUCGGAGAAUUUGAUGGAAUCGAUUGUGGGAACGGAGGGUGGUCAUUUCAGCAUAAGUGGGAUUGCAGCGUACCAGCCGUUUGAUGGAAUGACUGAGCUGAAAGUGGCUAUGGCGAGUUUUAUGUCUCAGAUCAUGGGAAGAUCAGUGUCAUUUGACCCAUCCCAAAUAGUGUUAACAUCUGGUGCAACCCCCGCAGUCGAGAUAUUAAGCUUCUGUUUAGCAGACCAUGGAAAUGCAUUUCUCGUUCCUACACCUUAUUAUCCUGGUUUUGACAGGGAUAUGAGAUGGCGAACAGGAGUCGAGCUGAUUCCUGUCCACUGUCGCAGCACUGACAACUUCACUUUGAAUAUAACUGUUCUAGAUCAAGCAUACGGUCAAGCUAGAAAACGAGGAGUGAAGGUGCAGGGAGUUCUCAUUUCUAACCCUUCGAAUCCUGUGGGUAAUUUACUUUCAAGGGAAAUGCUCUGCAGUCUUCUAGAUUUUGCCCAAGAGAAGAACAUCCAUGUCAUCUCUGAUGAAAUAUUUGCCGGGUCUAUGUAUGGAAGUGAGGAGUUUGUGAGCAUGGCGGAAAUUGUUGACUCAGAAGAUUUUGAGAAGAGCAGGGUUCACAUAAUAUAUGGUCUAUCAAAAGACCUAUCUAUUCCGGGAUUCAGGGUUGGGGUUUUAUAUUCAUAUAAUGAGAGUGUGUUGGCUGCUGCUAAAAAGUUAACAAGAUUUUCUCCCAUUUCUUCUCUGACCCAGCGGCUUAUUAUUUCGAUGCUUUCAGAUAUAAGAUUCAUUCAGGAAUACCUACAGAUCAACAAAAAGCGGGUAAAAGAUUUGUACGAUUUAUUUGUGGCUGGUUUGCAACAAUUAGGAAUCAAGUGUGCAAAGAGCAGUGCUGGUUUAUACUGUUGGGCUGAUAUGAGUGGAUUAAUUCGCUCUUAUGGUGAGAAGGGGGAACUCGAGUUAUGGGAUAAGCUGUUGAACACUGCCAAGAUCAAUGUGACUCCUGGUUCAGCCUGCCAUUGCAUAGAACCAGGAUGGUUCAGAUGUUGUUUUACUACUUUGACUCCAGAGGAUGUUCCUGUAGUUAUAGACCGGAUCCGGAAAGUUACUGAAACAAUUAAAUCUUCUAGUUAGUUGAAGUUUUUUUCAAAUUUGUUGCUUUAAAGCUCUUUGGGUGCUUUUGGCGUUGUUCUAUAAGUCAAAGCUGAUAUAACUCUAGUAGAGGGGUAUGUUGUGGAUAAUCACAGAUUUGAUAUUGAAGUUACACACACAUUCAAGCGUAGCUCGCUUGAGGUAUUUGCAUAGUA